AUGAGCCAUUUCGUCCCUGAUCAGGAGUGGGCUAGUACUUCUUCGCGCCGGCAAAGCACGGUCUCAACCUCCACAGUGUCGUCCGCAUCCACAAGUAUCCUGUUCCAGAGCCCCGCGACCUCCCCCGGCUCUAGGAAGCAGUCAUGGCAGCUCUAUGAUGAUGUCGUUCGGCUGGAGCUGAAUCCUCAUAUGACCGUCUCUUUUGUUAAAAGUGGGCAGUUAUUUAAGUUGCCUUAUACGUAUAUCGAUGUCUGCAAGGACUCGAUGGGAGCGUUGAAAUGUCUCGAGCUUGGGGGAGGGCUCGGUCAACAGGCUCCAUUUGUUCAUGCUUUUCAUAAUACGAAGCUCCCUGUUCCGCAUCUCGAACAUCCCAAGGAUUCCGCAGAUUAUCCACUCCGAGUAUCGUUCCUGGAGCAUCAGACCGUCCAAACCGCAUCAGUGAUUUUUAUGACGCAACUAUCAUAUCGAUUUGAGAACUGGGAAGACUGCGUCCAGUUCCAGGAACUCCUCCUUUGCUCCAAGAUGAUGUUCAUCGGAGGUAUGGCCGAAGCCAAAUCCAAAGGUCGAGGCGAAGAAUGCAUCAGUCAAAAUCUACGAAUUCUUCGUGGGCAUAAUGGCCGAAGGGUUAUGCUCUUCUUUGCGAAUUCACAACGGAAAGAGCUCAAACGAUACGUUUUUAAACCUCCCAAAAAAGUUGGACGGCCAGUUGUUGUGGAUCUGAAUCCAAAUUUUGAGAUUCUCGCUCAGAUGCGAAAUCUUACGAUCCACUUUUUAGAUGAUAAUGAUUGCCAGCGUUUUUGCCAGCUGCUCUCGACGGACCUUACGAUUGGAUGA